AUGGAGGGGAAUGGCGGUAAGUGGGGAAGUGGUUGGGCCUGGCCGUGGGGCGGUGGACGUACACCGGCCACGAACGAAAGAACGGCGGCAGCUGGGGUGGCACAACUGCAGAGCGCAGCAGCGGUGGGUGGCAGCGCGUCAUCACAGCCGGCACGGGGCUGGUGGUCGGGGUACGCCUUCGCGCUGGGCGCAGCCGUGGGGCUCGGUGCCGCCCUGCUCCUCACCUCCUCCAACUACGUGCCCCCCACUCCCUGGCGGAAAGAGAGAUUCGGGCGUGGUGCACUGCGGGUGCCGCCCAAGGAGGAGAUCCUCGAUCGGUUUCGCCUUCCGCUCACCGCGGAGGACUAUGAAGACGUGCGCGCCACCUGGAAGCGUCUCGCGCUGGCACGGGCGAAGAAGGACGGCAAGGAGGCCGCACAGUGCUUUGCACAGGACUGCUCGAUCGAGGAUUGCUCCACAGGGCACGGGUGGCGGGGUCGUGGCGGCGUGGAGGACUACUACGCGGACCUGUUCAAAGCCUUUCCCGACGCCAACUUCGAGACGCUGGACCUCUUCAUUGGUCCACAGGGCGUGGUGCAGGAGGUGCUGCUCACCGCCACACACAAAGGUCAAUGGCAGGGCUACAGGGCAUCGGGGCGCACGUUUCACUGUCGGUUGGUGAUCCUCAUGCCGUGGGACGCGCAGAGUCGGCUCUUCGCCGGCGAGAAGAUCUACCUCGACUCCGACGACGUCUUUCAACAGCAGCACGGCUCCUGA